UGUCAAACAACCUUAACUGACAACAGCUUUCAGGCGAAAGAUGGCGACCCGAGUCCUUCAAAGAGUGGGCAAAGGCCUUAAACAGACGAAAAAUGGGCUUCAGGAGAACGGACAGGUCACGGUUGUCGUAAGGAGCCUUUCAGCUUUCCGUGAAGACAGCUGGUUCAAGUCUCUCUUUGUCAGAAAGGUCGACCCCCGAAAAGAUGCUCACUCUCAUUUGCUUGCCAAGAAGGAAGACAGCAAUCUGUACAAAAUACAGUUUCACAAUGUCAAGCCUGAGUGCCUUGAUGCUUACAAUGAACUUUGUGGGGACAUCUUGCCUUCCAUUCACACUGACCCUGAAUACCCUUGUGAGCUUGUGGGCACCUGGAACACAUGGUACGGCGAGCAGGAUCAAGCAGUUCACCUGUGGAGAUAUCGGGGAGGAUACCCAGCUCUCACCGAAGUCAUGAACAAACUCAGGCAGAAUAAGAAGUUCAUGGACUACAGGAAUGAGAGGGGGAAGAUGCUGCUGUCUCGUAGGAACCAGCUGCUGCUGGAGUUCAGUUUCUGGAAUGAACCUGUCCCUCGUCCAGGACCCAACAUCUAUGAGCUCCGAUCAUACCAACUCAGGCCAGGGACGAUGAUCGAGUGGGGAAAUUACUGGGCUCGUGCUAUUGAGAUUCGCCAGCAGAACCACGAGGCAGUAGGAGGCUUUUUCUCACAGAUUGGAAGUCUGUACACGGUUCACCACUUAUGGGCUUACAAAGACCUCCAGUCAAGAGAAAUCACCAGGAAUGCAGCCUGGCAGCGUGAUGGCUGGGACGAGGUUGUCUAUUACACAGUCCCUCUUAUCCAGCACAUGGAAUCUAGAAUAAUGAUUCCCAUGAAGUCUUCACCCUUGAAGUAACCACAGACAUCGGGGGGAACCUCUCAACAGCCACUGCAACCAUCACGCUGAUCUAUGGAGAGCGUUAACAACCAUUGGAGUGUGCACUGCCAGGGAUAUCUGCGUAACAUCCAGAUGUUGUUUCAGUUUUUGUUUCUUUUUUUGUUUCUUCACUCCAUUUUCUGCAUUGGCCUAGAAUGUCUUAUUUCGGAUGAGAAUGUUCAAAUGAUUAUUACCAAACUUCAUCUGUUACAGCAGUUACUGUGUUACUGAUCAAUUAUUGCGCCAUGUGUAGACAAACUAUAAUUUGACACGUUCCUCCUCUUCACUGUCCAUCAUUUAAAGGGCCAGAUUUUUAAAAAAUUGUCUUAUUUUUUUUUGUUUAUGAGAUAAAAACUGCUUUCAUCGUGUGUUGAGAUACCAGGAGGAGCUGUGACUCAAACAUUUAGCAGUUCUAGUGCUGGUCACAGGGGCUGAAAAUGUCUCAUAGUCUUAUCAUAAAAAUCUGUUACAAAAGAAAACUUCACAUGACUUGUAAGCCCUAUUGCACUAGCACUGAUAACAAAUCAAACAAACACAAACAGCCUCCAGUAUCUCACAACAAUAACACAGUGUCCAGAGCUCACAGAUCAUUUUCAAUAUGUAUUGGAAAAACCUAUUUAAAAGUUGGAGGUGAUGGUCAGCAUGACCCCAGCCAAACUGUUCAGUGAAAGUUCACCACGUACACACUCCAACAGAAAAUGUGACUUUAUGUUUACAAGGCUUUGAUCCAGCCAGCUGAUUAUGUUGUCUACCAGUAAUUUGUUUCAAAAUCAGUUGGAUGGAUGAAAGGAUUCAUAACAACACCGUUAUGAAGACACACAAAAAGUCCUCAGACACCACAGAGUGUCAGACUAGUUUGAACUGGAAGCUAGCCUUUCGAUUUAGGACACAGCCUUUUUUUCUCUGCAGGAUACAUGUAUGUAGUGUCCAGUGCUUGGGGUGAAGUUGUGCUGAAUCCCCUGUUGGAGUAAUUCUGCCUGUUUGUGUCUGCUCUUUUAAACUGACCACAUCUCUUUUCUAACUUUAACAUCGUGGCUCUUCUAGCUGUGUGGAGGGGGGUGAGAUGAUUCAAAUGAUUAGAAAUUAUUUUUGAUUUUUGCCCAGCUAAUCAGUAUUUCCUCACUGCUGUAAACUGAGUGGUUUGGCCUAUCUUUGUAUCAAGCAAUUAAUGUCACCCGAGUGAUUGUGUGCUCUAACUGAGGUUAAUGAUUAUUUUUUUAAUCAUCAGAUUGUAGAUAUACAUAGUGGAGUUAGUGACCAAGCCAGAGAUUUGAUCAAUUGUGUGUCUGUGAAUGAAGUGUGGUACUUUAAAAUCUCUUAUGUUGAAGAAUAAGUGGACAGGUAAUGAGUAAUAGCUCAGUAUGGUAAUUGCGAAUUGCAGUGCUUAAUUAUUGAGACUAGUUGUACAUAUUGAAUUAAACUUCUGAUUAAAUUAGA